GGAGAGGUCACUACACCCCCCGACCUCUCCUCAACCCAGGCCGCAGAGGGACAGGGCUCUACUCCUCUCUUCAAUCCCUCCAUCUUCAAGAGGAGGAUACAGUUUGUUCAGAUGAGUCGAAGAUGGAGUGUCAUGUGACUGCACGGGUCAACACAGGCAAUGAGUUCCAGGCGGAGCUCCCCUCCCGGGGGUCCAGGACAAUAUCACCGGGCAAGAUGCUGAAUAGUGAAGAGUUGCUGUGGCAGCCGCAGAGAGAGCUGGAGGAGAGUCGCGUCUUGCAAGACCAAGUGGAGAAGUUGCUGUUGAUGUGUAGUUCCAGCUGCCUACCAGGAGGGGGCAGUAACACAGAGCUAGCGCUGCACUGUCUGCAUUCCUGUAAAGGCAACAUAGUAGACACCUUGGAGAUGCUACUACAAACACACACCUCGCCAACAGGAGACUACCACUACUCGGGUAGCGAUUUUUGGAGCGAGCGUGAAAAGAGUGACUUCAACAUGGCGCUGAACAGAUGUGGAAAAAACUUUACAUGCAUACAUCAAAUGGUAAAGACCAAGACUGUGCACCAGUGUGUGGAAUUUUACUAUCAUAACAAGAAACUCCGAGACAAGCAGAGAAAAGAAAAAGAGCAAGAGAAGCAGGAGGAGAAGUCGAAAGAGUUACGCUAUCCUUGCAAGCAGUGUGGCAAAACUUUCUUCAAGAUCCAGUCGCGCAACGCUCACAUGAAGAUCCACCGGCAGCCGCAGGAGGACUUGACUGACAAGUUCAUCACUCGCCACUUGUCUCUCCCUUGCACCGUCAAUCACACGCACAUUUUAGAAGCUCCAUCUGUGUCGUUUCCCUGCACAGACACUCUGCUCACCCUCAAUCUAGCUGACAUCAGCACAUCAGAAUACAGCUAUACCGGCAGCCCCAACUCUCAAGUAAGUGCCAUCGCUGAUGUUGGUGGCUCAAAACAAACAGAAGCCCCAUCGUCUGCGCUCGCUUUUGACCAGUCAUGGGCUUCCUUUGAUGAGUUCUACUACGAGAGUUCACAGGAGAUGGCAGGAGAUCAGACAGGUGACACCAAAGAGCCAAUCAACUGGUUGUAAAUCAGGGGUGUCCAUACUCCCAGUCCAGGGUGUACACCGCCUCUACUAUAUGUAUUCAGGACA